AUGGAGAGGCAGUUUGCAUGGCUCAGCCUCUGCGACACCGCCAUCCCCGGGGGCACAACCCCAGGCAGCAAUGUCCUCCUCAGCCCCUGUGCUGCCCCCCACAUCCAAGCCGUUCCAGACCUGGCAGAUGACACUGCACUGCCCAAGGAGUUCCUACUGACUUGCUCCGUGUUGUGCCAGGAUGGUCCUAGCAGCAUUCACAUGCCUGGGGACCCUGGUGGCACCGGCAGUGCCAUCCUCCACCGCGGCGUCAGCUCACUCUCGCUGCCCAUGAAAAUGCUUACCCCUGACUACAGCGUCCCUGAGGCCACCAACACGGCAUUUAAAGUCUUUGAGCGGAUGGCCCGGCAGGAUGACGAGAAGAGGCGCCGAGAGCUGGAGGCGAAGCUAAGGAAGAAGGAGGAGGAGGAGGAGGCUGCCGCAUCUGCUGAGAGGGUGAAACUGUCCCCUGCAGCUCAGGAGGUUGAAGUUGAGACAACAGCAGAGCACAUCCCAGCGCCAGAUGCCAGGGGAGCUGCAGGGGCGCAGGAGUCGGCUGUAGCCCAGGAUGCAGCCCCCAGUCCUGUGUCAGCAGAGCCCCUGGGGACUACUGCCCCGGCAGAGUCCCGGCCAGCAGAACUGCCCACGAGACAGGAGCAGUUCCAGACAAACCCCGACAGCUACAAUGGGGCUGUGCGAGAGAAUUACGCCUGGUCCCAAGACUUCAGCGACCUGGAGAUUAAAGUGCCCGUGCCCAAGCAUAUCAUAAAAGGCAAACAGGUGUCUGUGGAUAUCAGCAACAGCACAAUUCGCGUAGCAGUGCUGGAGGGGAGCGGCCAGCGUGUCCUCAUGGAAGGGAAACUCACCCACAAGAUCAACACGGAGAGUUCCCUCUGGAGCCUGGAGCCGGGGAAGUGUGUUUUGAUCAACCUGAACAAAGGGGACGAGUACUGGUGGAACGCCAUCCUGGAGGGCGAGGAGCAGAUCGACAUCGACAAGAUCAACAAGGAGCGCUCCAUGGCCACAGUGGACGAGGAGGAGCACGCCAUGCUGGACCGCCUCACCUUUGACUACCACCAGAAGCUGCAGGGCAAGCCCCAGAGCCACGAGCUGAAGGUGCACGAGAUGCUGAAGAAGGGCUGGGACACCGAGGGCUCCCCUUUCCGUGGCCAAAAGUUCGACCCCUCCAUGUUCAACAUCUCCCCCGGCGCUGUGCAGUUUUGAUGGCGGUGAAAAAACACCGAGAAACAAAGCGGGGAGAGGAGAAACCCACCCAGGGA